AUGACGUAUUGUAAGUUUGUCCCGUUUGUAGCAGCAGCGCUCGUUGUUGCCACCGUAGUGAAUAGCGAGCAUAAUGUACACUCCUAUGGACAGAAUGUCAUGAAGAAUGAGAUUGUCCUGUUGUCAUCUAGUAGCCUCGACGAGCGGGUCGAUGGCAGUAAAGACACUGUCAAGCUGGAAGACGCAAAAGAUGUAGAAGAGGACUCUAGCUGUAGCGGUAGCGACGAUGGAUACGAAGUAGGUACUGAGGUGGAAAACUCCAAGAUUAAUGAAGUCAAGAGUGACAAGGACGGUACGACCAAGGAGGAGUCAGAUUUGACUUCUAAAAAGGAAGAACAAGUAGAGCAGAAGCAAGCUGAUGACGUAGACAAGUCGUUGAAUGAUGUGGAGGACGACGGGUCGACGUCAAAAUCAUUGAACAACUCAGUGGAGCUUUUGGACAGCGAAAAAGAGGAGGAGGAGGAGGAAGCGGAGGAAGAGGAAGAUUUGGAAGAAAUUGAGAGGGAAGAAAUGGAACAUAAGCACAAGCAGUACGGCAAGGGGCGGAAUAGUGACGCUGUCAAUACAGUGGCUAGUACUACGGACGAUGCUUCCAAGCAUGUAAAGAAUAGCACGAAGGACGCGAACGGUGGCGCAAAGGACUUGAUGAAUGGCAGGAGCUCAACCCCUGCUUCUGAUUUGAAUGUUGAAAUGGUGGAUGUGGACGAUCUUGAUGGCGAUGAGAAAUCAGUCGGCUCGCACGACGGCGAGAAAGACGCCGGUGCUGAUGUGAAGGAGAACGAUGCCGCUGACAAGAAGAAAGAUGAUGCUGCUGACUCUGUGUCUAACGCUGUUGGCGAUGGGACCGACCAUGGAAAGAACGGAACGGAGGCCGCGGGCAAAGACGCUAAAUCUGCUACAAAAGACGACAGUGCCAAUAGUGUGAUCGAGGAUGAAGCUGACAAUGUAGGGGACUUUGCAAGCGAUUCGGACUCUAGCUCAUGUUCGGGUUCGUCGGAUGACGCAGUGACCGUAGAGCAGCAGCAGUUGGACGACGAGAGUGAGUCUUCUGCUAGUGAGUCUACUGAAAAAGAGGUCACCGACGAGAAGAAAGAUGAUGCUGCUGACACGAAGAAAGAUGAUGUCGCCGACGAGAAGAAAACUGAUACCGCCGAUAAGAAGAAAGACGCCGGUGCUGAUGUGAAGGAGAACGAUGCCGCUGACAAGAAGAAAGAUGAUGCUGCUGACUCUGUGUCUAACGCUGUUGGCGAUGGGACCGACCAUGGAAAGAACGGAACGGAGGCCGCGGGCAAAGACGCUAAAUCUGCUACAAAAGACGACAGUGCCAAUAGUGUGAUCGAGGAUGAAGCUGACAAUGUAGGGGACUUUGCAAGCGAUUCGGACUCUAGUUCAUGUUCGGGUUCGUCGGAUGACGCAGUGACCGUAGAGCAGCAGCAGUUGGACGACGAGAGUGAGUCUUCUGCUAGUGAGUCUACUGAAAAGGAGGUCACCGACGAGAAGAAAAAUGAUGCUGCUGACACAAAGAAAGAUGAUGUCGCCGACGAGAAGAAAACUGAUACCGCCGAUAAGAAGAAAGACGCCGGUGCUGAUGUGAAGGAGAACGAUGCCGCUGACAAGAAGAAAGAUGAUGCUGCUGACUCUGUGUCUAACGCUGUUGGCGAUGGGACCGACCAUGGAAAGAACGGAACGGAGGCCGCGGGCAAAGACGCUAAAUCUGCUACAAAAGACGACAGUGCCAAUAGUGUGAUCGAGGAUGAAGCUGACAAUGUAGGGGACUUUGCAAGCGAUUCGGACUCUAGUUCAUGUUCGGGUUCGUCGGAUGACGCAGUGACCGUAGAGCAGCAGCAGUUGAACGACGAGAGUGAGUCUCCUGCUAGUGAGUCUACUGAAAAAGAGGUCACCGACGGGAUGAAAAAUGAUGCUGCUGACACGAAGAAAGAUGAUGUCGCCGACGAGAAGAAAACUGAUACCGCCGAUAAGAAGAAAGACGCCGGUGCUGAUGUGAAGGAGAACGAUGCCGCUGACAAGAAGAAAGAUGAUGCUGCUGACUCUGUGUCUAACGCUGUUGGCGAUGGGACCGACCAUGGAAAGAACGGAACGGAGGCCGCGGGCAAAGACGCUAAAUCUGCUACAAAAGACGACAGUGCCAAUAGUGUGAUCGAGGAUGAAGCUGACAAUGUAGGGGACUUUGCAAGCGAUUCAGACUCUAGUUCAUGUUCGAAUUCGUCGGAUGACGCAGUGACCGUAGAGCAGCAGCAGUUGAACGAUAAGAGCGUUGCUCUUUCUAGUGAGACCGUCGACGCGGGAGGUGCUGAGAAGUCUAAUCAUUUCAUCGAUAUCGGUGCAGGAGUCGGAGCAUGUGUUGGUCUCAUUGCUGUGGCGUUCGCGUUUGUUAUCCGAAAUGGUCGUAAGCGUGGUACUGACAUUGCAGCGAAUGUGGACGAAGCUUCUGUGGUUAUGGCUACUGAAACGAGUGCUGGCGAGAGUGAGUCAGAUGACACUCUUGAGACUGGCGGCGAUGACGGGACUGAUACAAAUGAUGACGCCGGCGAUACGAACGAUGAGGAGGAGGAAGGUAUGUUUGAGGGAGCUGCAUAA